AUGGUCAGAUUUUCAACCCCCAUUCUAGGAGCUUUGCUGGUUGCAGAGUGGAGCCUGGCAACGACGCACUACAAACUAGAACCGACGCAACAAGCGACGGCACUUUCGUUCGAUCCACGAAAUGGCCCGGUCUGGCGUUACUCUGGCAGUCUGGACAAGCACAUGCAGAACCUUGACAACGGUACUGUGGUCCGAGGCGGGCGGGAGCGACUACCAGUUCUUCCGCAAUGUGGUCGACGACUUUGGGGCCGACAACACGGGGAAGACGGACACGGCAGAGGCCCUCAACGCGCGGCCGUGGCCAGCUGGAACAAGAAGUCGGCAGGAGGCGGCAAGACACGCUGCGGCGAGGAGUGCGGCAACAUCUUCACGCAGGGCGCCAUCGUCUACUUCCCAGCGCGCACGUACAAGAUCUGCUCGCCCGUGGUGCAGUACUACUACACGCAGUUCAUCGGCGACCCCAACAACAUGCCGACCAGGAGCACCAGCAGCGUGUUCCAUCAUCGACACUGUCGGCUCGACGCAAACCGGCCCCGUGACGGCGCCUGCCAAGAACAAUGA